AUGGAGAGAAAUGUAUCACGUAUCGGUACAAGAACUCGUCAUCUGAACUUUCUCAGUACGACGGUGCCUGGUCACAACAGCUAUUCCGUGCAUGUGGCGGACAAAAGCCCGAAUUUCGCAGUUUCACACACGUUUGUUGGCUUAGCCUUGCAGCGUUCGGCUAGGAAACGUCCUUGUUGGCGAUAUGGUACCAUGUGUAGCUACGGCCGUGGGUCAGAUGAAGUGACCUCGAGGAAUAUAUACCGAUCUGACCCAGAGGCCGAGUACAAUUUGCAGGCAACUCGCAAGAACAGAAUUCCUGUGUCGGCUUCGGCCUUACCAGAUCACUGGCCGGUCCUCACCCACAACGAGACCUCCUCCGCCGUGACCGAAAAGGCGUUGGGAGUCGCUCAGACUCUGGUCGACGACUGGAAACGCCAGGUUCAGCCUUUGGAAUUUGAGUCUAGUCAACCUGAUGGCUCUGCAGACGAACAGUUGUUCCCCCAAGACGAUGUAGGCCGGUAUCAGGUUUGCCAGACAUUCAAUGGCGACCCGUUUAGUCAAGUCUGUGCAGAACCAAAGCCAGCGAACGUGAGCUGA